AUGGAAAAAACAAUCUCAGAAGUGCAUGUGCAUUCCGCCUGCCCAUCAAAGUGGAUUCUAUUUGGAAACAAGUGCUUUUAUUUUUCUAAAGAAACAGCAAACUGGACAUCCAGCCAAACUUUCUGUUUCUCAUUGGAAGCUAAUCUUGUUCAAAUUGACACCGAAGAUGAACUGAAAUUUCUGAGAAGACACAAAGGCCCUGACGACCAUUGGAUAGGCCUUAGCAGAGAAUCGCCAAGUCACUCUUGGAAAUGGACAAAUUCUUCUGAAGGCAACAUUGUGUUUAAGGUCAGUGGAACUGGGAAACAUGCCUUCUUGAAUGACAAAGGCGUGAGCAGUGGCAGGAUUUACUCAGAGAGAAAAUGGAUUUGCAGCAAGUUCACUGUCUCCACUUGUCAAAUUGCUUCAAACUCAUGAGCAGAAAAACUGCAUUGUGCUUGUUAUCUACAGUUGCUGAAUGUUUUUC